UCGCAUUGUCAUGCACUUAAAUUUAAAAAUGAGCCAGUUGGGAUGUGUUGCUCAUCAGGAAAAGUACAACUAACUGAAAUUGAAACACCACCUGAACCAUUGCACGGUUUACUUAUCGGUACAGAUCCAGAUUCUAGCCUGUUCCUGAAGUCAAUUCGCACAUUUAAUUCAUGUUUCCAAAUGACAUCGUUUGGUGCAACAGAAAUAGUUAAUAAUAUUGCUGCAAACGGUCAACAAUUUAAUUCAACGUUCAAAAUCAAAGGCCAAGUAUAUCACAAAGUGGGCUCAUUGCUGCCAAUGCCAAACGAAUCUCAUAAAUUUUUACAAAUCUACUUCAUGGGUGGCGAGAACUCCGAACGUGCACUCGCCAAUCGCGUGGAUGCACGUUGCGACUACCAUAAUCUCAAUUCAGCUUUUGCCAGGCGUAUCGUCAGCGAGCUGGACGCUCUGUUAAAUGAGCAAAAUGAAUUAUUAAAGUUAUUCAAAUCACACAUGCCCAAGCUACAAAGUGACAAUCACGCAAUUGUCAUCAACCCUGAUAGAACACCAGCUGGAGAGCAUAUACGUAGAUUCAACGCACCUGUUGUUGACGACGUUGCUGGAAUCAUGGUUGGCGACCGUACAUCUACGCGACAAAUUGUGAUUCGAAGAAGAAAUAAUGAUCUUCAGUUCAUCAGUGAUACCCAUCGUUCAUAUGACGCUCUCCAAUAUCCACUAAUUUUCUGGAAGGGACAAGACGGAUAUUGCGUAAAUAUUAAACAACGAGAUCCCGUAACAGGAGCUGAAACAAAUAAGAACGUUAGCUCAAAGGAUUUUUAUUCAUAUCAUUUGAUGAUUAGACGCGGUCGAGACAACAUCAUUUUACGAUGUCGUGAGCUUUGCCAACAAUUUAUAGUCGACAUGUAUGUGAAGAUAGAAAGUGAAAGACUACGAUACUUGCGAUAUAAUCAACAGAAGCUGCGUACGGAAGAAUAUAUUCACUUACGAGAUGCUGUUGCGAACAAUGCUGACACUGCCGAAAUCGGUAACUCUGUUAUCUUACCAUCAUCGUACGUAGGUAGUCCACGUCACAUGCAAGAAUACAUUCAGGAUGCCAUGACUUUCGUGCGUGAAUAUGGACGACCGUGUCUUUUCAUCACUUUUACAUGUAAUCCAAAAUGGAAGGAAAUUACAUCGUUGCUAUUACCAGGACAAAAUGCAAUACAUCGUCAUGAUAUUACAGCACGUGUGUUUAAACAAAAAUUAAAGUCUUUAAUCAACUUUAUUACAAAAUUGCAUGUAUUUGGCUCCACACGUUGUUGGAUGUAUUCAGUUGAGUGGCAAAAGCGUGGAUUACCUCAUGCUCACAUUUUAAUUUGGUUGGUCGACAAAAUACGUGCUGAAAACAUCGACAGUUUGAUUUCUGCAGAGAUUCCAGAUCCGUCUACUGAUCAAUUACUGUUUGAUAUUGUUACUGCAAACAUGAUUCAUGGUCCGUGCGGAAAUCUGAAUCGUUCAUCACCUUGCAUGGUAGACGGAAAAUGUACAAAGCGUUUUCCUAAAGAUUUUACUAACGAUACGGUCACACAUGUUGACGGAUAUCCAAUAUAUCGUCGAAGAAGUACCGAAAAUGGCGGACAAACUUUCAUUAAAACUAUCAGCUACGCAGACAUCGACAUUGACAAUCGUUGGGUGGUACCAUAUUCACCUCUGCUGAGCAAAACAUUCAAUGCUCAUAUUAAUGUUGAGUCAUGCAGUUCGGUGAAGAGUAUCAAAUAUAUUUGCAAAUAUGUGAAUAAAGGGAGUGAUAUGGCUGUAUUUAGAAUUGAAAAUACUAAUGUACAUUCUCCUCCGUUGAAUCAAAAUGAUGAAAUUACGAAUUACCAAAUUGGCCGGUAUGUCAGUUCCAAUGAAGCUGUCUGGCGUAUUUUCGGUUUCCCAAUUCAUGAACGGGAUCCAGCAGUUAUCCAUUUAGCUGUCCACCUUGAAAACGGCCAGCGCGUAUAUUUCACGAACGAUACAGUGCUUGAUCGUGCUAUAAAUCCACCAAAAACUACGCUGACCGAAUUUUUUGAACUGUGCAAUCGUGCGGAUGCUUUUGGUGCCUUCGCACAAACACUUCUCUACUCUGAAGUUCCACGGUAUUUUACAUGGGCUCAAAAAAGGAAAUGGAUACCCCGCAAGCAAGGGACACCAGUUGAUGCGCACCCAGGUUUAUUUAAAUCAAAUACUUUGGGUCGUGUAUAUACAGUCAAUCCAAGGCAGACUGAGUGCUUUUACCUGCGACUAUUGUUGGUUAAUGUCACCGGGCCAUUGUCAUUUCAAGAUAUACGUAAGGUAGAUGGACAACAGUAUCCUACGUAUAAAGAUGCAUGCCUUGCUCUAGGGUUGCUAGAAGACGACAAUCAUUGGGACAGUACGCUUGCUGAAGCAACAUUAAACUGCACAGGAUCACAAAUUCGUCUACUAUUUGCUAUAGUACUGACUACAUGUUUCCCGGCCCGAGCACAAAUGUUGUGGGAUAAUCACAAAGAUUCAAUGACUGAUGAUAUAUUGUAUCGACAUCGUACAAGGUGCAAUGAUCUAACGAUAUCAUUCAGUGAUGCAAUGUACAAUGAAGCAUUGAUUGCUAUCGAGGAUAUUUGCAUUGCUAUUGCGAAUUUGCCAAUCAGUCAUUUCGGUAUGAGCUCACCGAAUCGAAGUGCAUCUGAUUUACUCAACACAGAUAUCAAUCGUGAACUACAGUACGAUACUGUAGAAAUGGCAGGCAUUGUUAGUCGCAAUGUUCCACUACUAAAUGAUGAACAAAAAAUUAUUUACGACCGCAUCAUGCUGGCAGUUUCGGCAGGACAAGGAGGAUUCUUUUUUUGGAUGCACCAGGUGGAACUGGCAAAACAUUCCUUAUUUCGUUACUUCUGGCCGAGAUACGAUCAAAAAAUGACAUCGCAUUGGCCGUUGCAUCUUCUGGCAUUGCAGCAACUUUAUUAG